AUUCUAUGGAUUGACUCAAAAAGAGGGAGGCCAUCAAGGUUUACAACUAUACAGAUUUUCUACUCUUGAACGAAUUGGUGAAGGAGGAUUCGGUGUUGUGUAUAAAUCAAGUUGGAAAACCCGUGGAUUAACCGUUGCGCUUAAACAAUUAAACAAUAUUCCUUUGAAUGAAGAGAAGACAGUCCAAGGAUUCAUUAAAGAGGCGGGAAAUUAUUAUAUUCGUUAUAAAAAUAGCGCAAAGAUAUUAUAA